AUGCAAUGGUUUAAUGAAAAUGAUGAUAUAUCUAUGGAAUAUCUUCAUAAUGCACUUGAAAAAGAUCAACAAACAGGAUUUCAACAAAUAUCUGAACAUUGUUUAUUUUCUUCAUCAGUUAUUGAUGUAUUUACACAAUUAAAUCAAUGUCGUGAUAUAAUAAAAACUCUUGAUCUUCAUGAUCCAAUUGUUAUAGAAAAAUAUAUGAAACGUUUUUCUGUAACUAUAUUACAAGUUUUACUUGAUUAUGCAAAUGCAAUACGUCGAACCUUUGAACAUGCUGAUGGACAAGAUAGAAUAUGUUCAAUAUUAAUGAAUAAUAUUCAACAAUUGAUAUUAAAUUUAGUACAAUUAUAUGAAUCAAUGGGUGGUGCACAAUUAGAGGAUGAAACUAAAACAAUGCUUAAUGAUUUACAAAAACAAUUAAGUGAUGUUCUUGAUGAAUUAAGUGCAACUUUUGUUAAAAGUAUUGAACCAACAAUAAGACAAUAUAUUGAAGAAGUUUAUAAACAAUUACAACAAAUUAAUGGAGGAAAUACUAGUGAACAACAAAAAGGAGCUCAACCUAUGCUUAUUACAAAACCAUUAUUAGAUUAUCUUGAUCAAAAGUAUUUACAGCGAAGUUACAUUGAAUCUAUUCUCUUUAACAGUUCAUAUAAACUUCUAGAAAACAAAAGGAUUUGUCUAAUAUGUAAUCAUUUAUAAUUCGAAUAUAGAAACCAAUACACAAUAGAUCGGAGAUUGACAAAUCUGUUUAAUAACAUACGAGACUUCGUAAAGGUAUCAAUAACAAAGUAUAGAUUUAAGAAAAACAGAAAUUUUCAUUAACUAUAAUAAUAUAGCAAACAAUAUAGAAUAAAGAUAUUUUUCGACCUCAUGUUUGUCGAAUGGAUGGCGCAUAAAGAACAGAUGAAAAUGUCUUUCUGUUUUCAGGGCAUUUCAUAAGAUAUUAAAGACUCCAUUUAAGGCUCAUUCGAUAGAAAAUUUUCUCCUCUAGGCUUCAAAGGUCUUCUGAAUGCCAUCAAUGUUGUUAUUCAGGUGGAAACAGAUUAGAGGUGAAACCUGCGGAGGAUUUUUGUUUUGAAUGUCCUUCAAGACUCAUCGUUUUUACAGUCAGUAGAAUUUUAUGUUAAAUAAAACCGAGUAGCGAUAAUCUUUAGAUUUUCUGAAAUCAAGAAUAAACAGAGGACUUAUACAUUAUUUUGUAAUUCUUUCAAAUGUUUGUUUUUAUAAAAUUGUGAAAUGUCGUGAGAUGCAAAAUUUCAUGGUGCAUCUUGUAGCAUAUUUCAAAUAUUUGUAGAAUUGUUAUUUAAAAAUAUUUUUCGAUAAAGUAAUUAUCAAUCUUUUCGUUCAUAAGAAAAACUUGUUUGAGAAACAAGAUUGAUAAUUCUCUAUUGAAUGAGUCUGAAAUAGAGUCUUUAAUACCAUCAAAAAUAGGAAUAUAUUAUGAAAGAGUUUGUAAAGAUAUUCUUUUUUGUUUAAUCAAAAAUCAUAGAUGAAAUAAUUCUUUUUGUUUUCAAUCAAAUUGAAAAAAUAUCAUUGAUUUAUAUUUAUUUAAUU